AUGAAUUCCGCACCACCUGCCAAAGCCACGGAUGCAGUCCUUGUGGCCUCAGAUCCAGUUCCUGAUGAUGUUCAACAAGUCAAAGGCAUCGAUUGGGCUGCGUUGCCCGCAGAACAACGCACAAUCAUCUCGAACUUUGUUCUUCAGAUGACUGGUCAAGGCUUCCAAUCUAGUGCUCUGGCGGACGCCAUCCGCAUCGUGAAUGAUAUGAGAGCAUGGAGAGAUCCAGAGACGGGCGACAAAACCACCAUAUUCCUCGGUUACACAUCCAAUAUGAUCUCGUCGGGUUUACGCGAGACCUUUCGCUGGCUCGUGCAGCACCGCCACGUGUCGGCGAUUGUUACGACGGCGGGUGGAAUCGAGGAAGACUUCAUCAAAUGCCUGGCACCGACAUAUCUAGGAUCAUUCUCAACACCAGGGGCCGCAUUGCGCGCUAAAGGGCUCAAUCGAAUUGGCAACCUGGUGGUUCCAAACAACAAUUACUGUGCGUUUGAGGACUGGGUCGUCCCCGUCCUUGAUCAGAUGUUGAAGGAGCAGGAAGACGAAUUUGCUCAAAGUGGACAACGAUUUAUGUGGACUCCCAGCAAGAUCAUCCACCGACUCGGCAAAGAAAUCAACAACGAGUCCUCGGUCUACUACUGGGCUUACCGAAACGAUAUUCCAGUCUUCUGUCCUGCGUUGACGGACGGUAGUCUCGGUGACAUGAUCUAUUUCCAUUCGUUCAAGGCAUCUCCACUCCAACUCGGCGUCGAUAUCGCCCAGGACAUUCGAAAGAUCAACACGAUUGCGGUCCGGGCCAAACGUGCGGGAAUGAUCAUCCUGGGUGGUGGCGUUGUCAAACACCAUAUUGCUAAUGCAUGCCUGAUGCGGAAUGGUGCCGAAAGUGCGGUGUACAUCAAUACAGGACAAGAAUUCGAUGGCAGUGAUGCUGGAGCCAGGCCAGAUGAAGCAGUGAGUUGGGGGAAAAUCAAAACCGAUGGUGACAGCGUCAAGGUGAGCAUGCAGUAUCAUCGACCACACACGGAAGAUUUACUCACCCAAUCCAGGUCUAUGUCGAGGCCACAAUCGCCUUCCCUCUCCUUGUAG